AUGUUACUCUUUCCCUUGACGCAGAUCCGAAUAUCUACGACGCGUUUUAUCCCUGUACUACUCACUUUGCUAAAUGUCGUCUCCGGCGCGCCUAACGUAUCGCUUCCCAAAAACGUCCCUGAUUGUGCUUUCUCUUGUGCCGAACGAUUUAUAGAAUCCCAAUUCCCGACAAGUGAAUGUCCAAACCGAUCAAACACAGACUGUUUCUGCAAAACGAAGACAGAGAAUGGGUAUACACUAGGAGAAGGCAUUGUACAAUGCAUACUGAGUUACUGCUCGGACGAUGUGGUGGAAAAGUCAGGCGACGAUGUUUAUGAAAUCUGCGACGGGGUGAAGGGUGCUGUUUCUAAGACCCAUGCUACUAUUAUUGCUACACUGGUGCCCAGUGUGACGUCUACUGCGGUUUCUGGUAUUACGAAUGCGCCAACAAUAUCAGCAUCGGCUUCAGGAACGACAGCUUCUGGGUUUGAGACUUCUGUGACUUCGCCUGUUCUUACGUCGUUCCAGAGUCCGGUGUCGACGACUGGGUCGGAGGGGGUUGCUUCUGUUACGAGUAGUGUUACUGAGUCUCAGUUUCAGUCUCCCAGUUCCAUGCCAGAAGCCAGCGGAGAUGAAGAUGAAGAUCAAGAUUCCAAUUCACUCAGCGCAGGGGGGGUCGUAGGUGUGUCACUUGCCUCGGGGCUAUCAGGAUCCUUCCUCAUCGGAAUUGCCAUUUUCUUCUGGUGGCGGAAAAUGCGACGCAAGCGCAAAGAAGCAGACGAUGCACAUUACUUCGAAAUUGGGGGAAGAAUGUCAGAGCCUCCGGACUUCGACACACCACCUCGACGACCGACUCCCGGUCCCAACAGUUACCGUCCGCGACCUCCGCCCAAAUCUCCAGAUCGGAUCCAGACUACGGAGACAUCGAGGUUGAUGUCACCAUUUCUGCCUACGCCAAAACCUGCGAAUCCGAAUCCUGCUGUUGUUGUGACGGACGUGGAUAAUGAUCAUUAUCAUGAAAGGGGAGGUGGGUUUGGUGAGGAACCAGAACGGACUGCGCAUGCGUUACCGCAAUUUGUGUUUGAUGAAGCGGACACACCGCGGAGUGUUCCUGCGACUCAACGGACGAGAUCUGAUCAGUUGCUACCGGAGAAACCAGAGUUGUUGCCUGAGCCAUUGAAAUGGGUCCGACCAAGACCCUCAAGAUCGAACAGCGAUGCGCUUACCAUGUUCGAGGAAGAUGUCGCUCAACCCAAGAGCCAUCUGUCCAAUGGCUACACUAACUUCUCUGGCCCACUAGGCCCCAGGCCAAUGAAUAGUAAAAGACCAAUGGCUGGACUACCAGCUAACCCUCGAGCCAUGAUGUAUGGCUUCGGAUCACAUGAUCACUUACCACCUAAACGGAGUCAAGAUAGUCUUUUGAGGCCGACUUAUCUCCAACCCGAGUCCAGGCUAUCUUCUUUCGUAACAGCGACGCCAGAACGUUGUUCACAUCCAUCCAUGUCAGAUGACGGUUACGACGAUAACUACUCCUACUGGCAAGACUACGACACCAACCAACCCCAACCACCAGCUCGCAUUGCAAACCGUCGUUCAUAUCCCAGUCCAUCAACCGAAAGAUGGAGCAACACUGGAUUCGACUACAGCCUCGAAUCACCCCGAAUAUCCCGCCACUCAGGCAUCUUCAAACCACUCACCCCCGUCCGCGAAGAAAGCAGGACCCCAACAUGCAGCCUCUCCAACCCUAGUCCGCAGGACCGGAUAGGGUUCUCCACAGGGAGUCCGCAACAGCGCUUUUACCACCCCAAUCCUCAGACCCCCAAUCUCGAACCAACACGUGAAAUCGUCUCCAGACCACGCAUCGUCCGUCAGCAUGAUAUUAAGCGAGUUGAGAUCCGCCGUGGCAAGUCCCGUGAGAACACCCCCGUUAUGAGUUCUCCAUAUUCACCCGAUGAUUAUUGGAAUGAGCCUAGUCGAAACUCCCUGACACAGGUUACUACUGCUGGUAGUAGUACUAUGACUACCCCGACGUCAUUGUCAAUGGGUACUUCCAUUCCUACCGUUGAAAAAACGAUCACCCGUAAACCUGCCAAGAGACAGUCGGUGUUUGAGCGUAAUUUGACGCCGUCGAGGGAAGGUGCGGAUUUGAUAUUACGGGUGGACUAA